AUGUGGGCAGUGUUGAUGGAGAUGAAAAUGCUGAUGUAUGGGCAGCUGUCACCCCGUGAAAUUCCAAGGAAGAUCGUGGAUAGCGUGAGCUCCUUCGCUUACAUCUCCCAGACUUCUGGUCUCGAGUCGUUCGUGGAAAAAGAGGGCGUGUGGGUCGACUUGGAUCACAAGGACGAGGUCAUUAAAUCCUGGCAAAAAUGGGAGAAGAAAGACCAUGAAGGUUCGGCCUUGAACUUGACGUCGUCGAUCGAGACCGACACCCUUGAUCUGCGAUGUAUGAUUCCCCUCCGCGUGCGCUUGCCUGGGGUUUCUCAGGGGGAUCGCGAUGAUGACGCCGAAGAUGAUGAUGAUGGGAAAGACAUAUCCCUGCGAGUGGCAGGUGGUCUCCUGGCACGAGAGAGGAAGGGAGUACGAAGGUUAUGCGAGGUUGUGAGACGGGGAGGGACUGGGACAGGGAGCAGGGGAUUCCGGAGCCUCUGCACGCGGUGGCUCCUCCUUCAUGCCCAACUCAGGGAGCUCCUCGCCGACUCCAGCGCCUCUUCGCUACCAACUUCUUCCUCUUCUUCACCCAGGUCUAGAAGACGGAAGAAGAGGGGGAGGAAGAAGCGGAAGAGAAAGAAGAUCCUAGUAGAGAAAGAGGAAGACUUGUUGUGGACGAGUGACUAUCACAGUGGGUGUGGGGAUAGGGACAGUAGUGGUGGUAGUAGUGGUGGUAGUUGGUCGUUGAGGGCCUCCCCGUGUUCACCGACCUCCGCUUGUACUUGUGCCAAAGGAUUCCCAUUCACCCCCAUUGCCCCCUGGUGCUCCCCUCAUCCCCCCUGGUGCUUGGCAAGUCACUCUCUUGGAGGAGACUCAGACAGAGGGGAAAUGAUGGAACUUCAGCGAAUGGGAUGGAGUGGAGUUCCUAAGUCCAGUUCGUCUCUCACGUCCCUGUCCGGCUCCAAUCAGGCUUCCCCGUCCUCUACUCCCAAUUCCCUCACCAGAAGUCACAGGAAAACAUUGAACAAGGAGCGAUGGAGGCGAUCUUGGGGUCUGGAGGACUCCUUGAAUGGAAGUCUGAAUGGCAGUUUCUUGGACUCGGAAAACAAGGAUGAUUUCUGGGCUGCCAUUCAAGACAACUAUCAAUUUCUUAUGGAUUCUCAGCUCAUGGAUUCUUGCAAGGAAGCAGCAGUGGAUCUUAGUUGGACACAAUGGAACCUCUCAGGAGACAUGGCAAAUCAAGACCUGUGCCCAUUAGAGGGAAAGGAAAAUAUUAUUCCAAGAGAGAAUGAAAACGGAGCCAGACGUCAACUGGAUUUCCAUGUUAACCCGAACCACAUACCUUGGGAGGCCUCCAUUACUAAAGGAUGGGAGGCUCUUCUUCAGGGAGAUUCACCUGAAUCAUCAUCAUCACCUGACAAAAGUCCUCGUGACGAUGAUGAUCCCCGGCCUCCAUCUCCCUCCAAUGAAGUGGAGGGAGGGAUGCGACGGCUAAGAGCAUGGCUGAAGGAGGUGGAAGAGAGGCUGCAAAAGGAAAUCCAGCUCAGUGUUCCCUUGUCCAUUGUAUCCAACAAGAUCCUCGAGGAAAAGAUCCGUGCCUGUCAGGUGUUCGGGCUUCUCGGAUUGGCGUGCAUGGUGGCACUGGCCCAAGGGGUUUGGGACAACGGGGAACAGCCUGGUGAAUAUUUGGAUGAAGGGAUGAGGUCUCAGCCAUUGGAGGCCCAGGAGGACCUCGUUCCCGCCGAGUCUGCCGCUCCAGGAAAAGGCUUUCGACGGCGAUUCGGCUACGGAGGAGGUUACUUUUGGCCCAACUACGGCUGGAGACGCGGUUGGGGUAGGCGUCGGGGUUGGGGUGGCUUCCGCCGCCGUUACGACGAUGACGAUGACCCCUUAAUGCACUACGGCUUCCGUUAGCCGCGCCGACAAUCAAAUUUCUGGUCGCAGUUCAGAUUGCUACCAAGUUUUGCAUUGUUUCGGCGGCUGUGAACAGCGAUGAAGUGUUAAAUGAAGGCC